AUGGCCUUUUCUCUUGAUAUCUCAUAUAUUCAUGUUCUAUUUCUUGCGUUUUUAACCACUUCUUUUCCACUUCCCACUAAGGGAGACCUAAUCGAUGAUGUUUGUGCCGAAAUGCCAGAUAAUAAACCUCUUUGUCUAGACACAUUAAGAGCUGACCCACGUUCUAAAACACAAAAUUUUCAAGUUUUAGCACAGAUUUCGUUUGAUGCAGCCAUGAAAGAUGCCAGUGGUUUGCCUCCAUUUGUCGAGUCGCUGCAAAUCUCAGUGAGGGACUCAGGAGUGAAAGAAAGGAUUUCAGGGUGUGUGAGAAACGCUGAGAAUGCUUUGGGGAGUAUUACACAAGCGAAGCAAUUUUUGGAGUCAAGACGUUAUGGUAUUGCAUAUGAGAAUGCCCGUUUGGCUAACAACACAUUGUCUAUAUGCGGACAUACUUUUUUAACACCACCGGCUAUUGAGCCACUUGAAUUAAAACAAGCAUUCGAUAGGUCGGAGGCUCUUAUUUCUAUUUUUAUGGUUGUUACCAGGCAUAUGUUUUGA